AUGACAGUCCUUGUGUUGGGUGCGACCACUUUGGCACUCAUGUCCGGCUCAGACAUCGGUCAAUACGACGACUGUAUAUCAGGAGUCGGUGUUUACACCAACAAUACAUGUCUGGAGAUAUUAGACCGCGACUAUCAAAUCAAUAGAAACUUUAGUUGGUACAGUACGAGUGUAUUCCUAAUCACCCAAAACUUGUUGGAGUUAAUACCGACGGCAAUCGGCGCGAGUUUGACGGCAACCAUCAUGUUUUAUACGACAGACCAAUACAACGACGGCAACCGAUUCUACAUGUUUUUAUACACCAUGCAGUUGUGUUUGCACAGCACACAGGGUGUGGCAUACAUGACGGUGGCCUUGUUUUACCGACAUCGACAGGUGGCAUUCAUGGUGGCCACUAAUAUAUUCCUUAUACACGCCCUGUUAUGCGGUUAUUUCGUUAUGUUAGAGGACAUGUACGAUAUAUUCCAGUUUUUAAGUAAUAUUUCUCAAUUGAAAUUCACGACGAGUGCUAUUUUUACAAUAUCAGAAGUAGUCUCAGAGGCUGGAUGUCAUGAAAAUAUCAAUGAUAUCGAUGACGAUAUGAGUGAUGUGUCCAUUGACUCUCAAUAUCACUCUUUGUCUGGCAAUGAAUACAAUGGAUAUCUGAGUAUAGCGUGGAUUGAUUUGACACUAAAAGUGGAUAAAACUCUGUAUUCAUCAGAAAAGUUGAUCCUAAGAGGUGUUAACGGAUUGUUUGAAUUCAAUUCAUUGAACGCAUUGAUGGGUCCGUCGGGUGCGGGAAAGACAUCACUCUUGCGGUCAUUGAACGGAAUGUACAGACAUUUGAUGACUAAAGAGUCAAAGAUAUAUUUGAGUGCUUUUCACACAAUCAGGACCUGCUUUAUAGCACAGGACCAGAGGGAACAUCUCAUCACUGGUUUAACAGUCAAACAAUCACUCAUUUACGCGUCAAAACUGAAAAACAGCCUCAAAAGUCGCCUAAACCACGAAAUCAAUGUCUUUCAAUUGAUGCAAGAGUUGGCCAUAACUGACAUAAUGGGUGUAAAUGUGGAGAAAUGCAGUUCCGGUCAACAGAAGCGGAUUGUGAUGGCAAUGGAGUUGACGCCAGACAUCAAACCUAAUCUCAUUUGUGUUGACGAACCCACGAGUGGUGUCGACAGCUAUUCAGCGCUUUUAAUGAUAAAGUGCUUUAAAAAGUUGUCUCAAAGACAUAGCUUAACGAUCAUAACAUCCAUACAUCAGCCAAACCUCGAAAUACUAAUGCUUUUCGACUCACUGUAUGUUUUGGCCAAAGGAGGGCUCACCGUAUACUCCGGUCCACCAAAACACCUGUCCUUACAUUUACAACAAUGUAAUAUCACAUACAAUAGGGAACAGAUCCCCAUUGAAGUACUCAUGAAGAUCGCCGCCAAAGGCUUUACUGAUCAAAAAGUUAUUGAAUUGUCGGACAAAACAAAUGAAAACAUGAGAGAUAACUGCCGACGACUUGAGACUCAAUUGAAAUUGCAUUCAAACGGCAUUUCAAUUAAAAGCAAACCGUUUUCUAUCGUCAAUACAUACCAUCUAUUCAACAGAUCCAUCGCUAAUAUCUUCACAUAUCUCUGGAAACAAUUGGUGGCAGAAAUCAUAGUUAUGUUAAUAUUAACAUACACUGUAACGUUAAUAUUUGAUUUUGAUUUCAAUCAUUUGUCUGGUUGUGUACCGAUUGCUGUCAACGGAUCCAAUGGGUGCCGACAGACCGCACAAGACAUGGAAGACCUGAAACUAUCCAAUUAUAACAUACAGUUGUAUGCCUUUCUAAUCGCCUCUCAAUUCUUCUACCAUUUAAUUCUAAGCGCAAUGAAAAUGUCAUCAGAAAUAAAGCUCUUUAUGUCUGAACAUAGAAAUUUCUGGUACAGCGCAGAGUCAUUCUUUGUAGUCAAAUCAGUGAUGGAUUUAAUACCAUUGAUUAUAAUAGUGGUGUCAGUCGUGGCGGUGGUCGACAACUACGACAAAGAGCACACCUAUUGGUCACUAUUAUUGGCGAUCGGCUUAAGCUCUAUGUCUUUCCAGAGUUUGGGCCAAAUGUGUGGCAUUUGUUUUGAAGACAACGGAGUUUUAGUGAGCAUUUUGCUCAUCCCAUUGCUUACAUCAUUCGCUAAUAUAGUGAUUCUGGUCUACGAUAUGAACACAUUUCUGGUAUAUAUGUCACAACUGGAUAUGUUUGCCGCCGCUAUGGGUUAUAUACGGAUUUGGUUUAAUGGCUCCGACAGAUUUUGA